AUGGAGUGAGGUCCCCCUCCGGGCAAAGUGUAGCGGACGCCAAGACACCUCCAAACGACACUGUCUCUCUGAUGUUCCCCUGGUCGGGGGUGUUCUCGGUGGCACCGCAGGUGCCGGGCCAGCGCUCGCCGGAGGAGCUCGUGACGGACACCCUCAUGCUGGAGCUGGGGGUCCUGCUCAAGCGGGCCGAGCGGCUGCAGCAGGAGCGGGGGGCCGAAGUGCGCAGACGGCGUUCCAGCGUGGACUACAGCUGGCUGGCCGACCCGCCCCAGCGACCCGCCUACGAGCCGAGCACGGGCGAACUGCUCGAGCUGUGCCACCUCUGCGCCAAGAUCCGGCCCCAGCAGUGCGGGCCCGUCAUCCUCAGGCUGCGCAAGCUUGUGGCGGAGUUCGAGCCGGACGCCCACGAGGUUCCCCGGAUUUUCCGCUCGGUGUUACUGGACUGCCUGGACGAGGAGGAGGGCCGGGCAGGGGCAGGUCAGAGGGCGCUCAGGACGCAUGCCGGCCGCUGGGAUAAGCAGCGCAGCAAGAGCCUGUCCUACAUCACCUUCCGCUCCCAGUUCCUGGUGAACCCGUUCCGGGGCGGGCGAGGGGGUGAGCUGCCGGAGGAGGGGGCCUGGUCUGGGGACGAGGAAGAGCCGGCACCCACGGGGGUUUCAGCUAGAGCCAGGAGGGUGCACAGCCUGCCGGAUAUAACCCCCACGGAGGAGCGAGCGCAGAGCUAAAAGCAGGGGACGGGGAAGACGCUAGACCCCAGGAAGCAAGUGGCACAAAGGAAAACAGGAUGGGUAAACAGGAAGAAACAUCCAAGACAAAAAAACAAAAAAAUCACAGCAU